AUGCCGCCUCCGCGUCUGGUGCUGCCAGCUCGCUUGCACCGCCCCGUUCAGGAACUCGCCAGGCUCGACACACUCGCAUCAAACAUUCGGCUCCCGCCUCGCCAGGCCCGCAAUGCCGCGGCGGCGCAGAGCUACCGUGAUUGCAUCUAUGCUGCCGCCUCGUUUCCCGUCAUGCUGGGUGGCACCAUUGUUGCGCUUAUUGUCGAGGCAGAGCGAAUAUGGGGCGUGGCGUCAGUGCCCGCUGUGACGGUUCGGAUUGCAGCCGAUUUGCAGAUGCAAUCUGUGCCCAAACUGCAACUCCAACCCUGCACCUCCAAUCCGCCUGGCCAGCUGAGCCGGACGGAGAUGGCGCUUCCGCUCUCCCGACCACCAUCCUCCGCCAUCCCGUCCGCUGCUGCCGCCCUCUCGCCCACCCCUCCCACCAUCCCUCAGAGCUUGUGUGGCCACACAUUGCUCGUCCCGUUGUCGCCAUGA